GAAUUAAUAGUGUGAAUUUAUGUUGCUAGUACGGACAAAGCCUUAGAUAUAAUAUUUUUCUAAACUUGAAACACCUACAUAAAUGUCAUUUCAAUCUAAUGUCAGUUUCAAAUGACAGAUGUCAAUUAAAUAAUUUAUCAACAAAGGAAUUUUAAAAUUGUUCUAAAAAUCAACUUGUGAAUGUGAAUGGUGAUAUUUAUUUAAAAUUAAUGACGAAAUAAUGCAAGAAAAUAAACUCUAAAAGAGAACCCCUAAAAUUAUAUUUACCAAGGAAUAUCAAGUGACCUACAUUUCAACGGACGAAGCCAUUAGAAAUGGCUGAUACUUUGGACCCACUCUCACCAAGUUUGAAUGACUCCACAUCCACAACUGGAUUGGUACACAAGUUAAGGUUACGGUUUGGCAGAACUUCACCUCCUAGACCACCUGGAGAUGGCUAUGUGGAGUUCGGCGAGUUCCGGUCGGAACGGCCCGGCAUCAAGAAGGUGGGAACCUUCGCCGGCGUCUUCUGUCCCGUGGUGCUGUCUAUGUUCAGUGCUCUGGUCUUUAUACGAAUGGGUUACCUAGUGGGGAACGCAGGACUCUUGGUGACUCUGGGUCAAUUUGGACUCGCGUAUUUAAUAGUGGGCUUCACUGUCAUGUCCAUUUGCGCCAUAUCCACCAACGGGGCGGUGGAGGGGGGAGGCGUUUACUUCAUGAUAAGUAGAACACUUGGCCCAGAGUUCGGUGGAGCGAUAGGAACACUGUUCUUCUUUGCGAACGUCGUCUCCAGCGCUCUCUGUAUCUCUGCGUGUACUGAAGCUAUGGUGGAAAACUUUGGACCUAAUGGUUACCUGGUGGGAGACAGCCCCGGGCUGCCGGACGGUCCGUGGUACCGAUUCCUGUACCGCUCGGCGCUGAACGCGGCCGGCCUGAGCGUGUCUCUGGCGGGCGCCUCGCUGUUCGCGCGCACCAGCCUCGCCAUCUGGGUCACCACCGUCGUGUGCCUGUUCAGUGCGCUGCUGAGCUUCUUCAUCACCGCCCCAGGACAGAUAGACAAGCCCGACACUAACCAUCUGGUGAACGCAACUAACUUCUCAUAUACUGGUCUGAGUGCGGUGACCUUGAAACAGAACCUGUACUCAGAUUACGCUGGAGACUAUACCACCACUGGUGGGGAGAUGGUGGACUUUGCCUCUGUGUUUGGGGUGCUCUUCACUGGGGUCACUGGGGUCAUGGCUGGAGCUAAUAUGAGCGGUGAACUCAAAAGCCCCUCCCGCAGCAUUCCUCUGGGAACGUUGGCAGCAUUGCUGUUCACAGCGCUGUCGUAUGCAGCAUUGGUAGUUUUGACGGCUGCGACGUGCUCGCGCGAACUGUUGCAGAAUAACUAUGUGUAUUUGCUUCCCAUUAACGUUUGGCCGCCUUUCAUAGCUGUAGGUAUGUUGACAGCUACGUUUUCAGCUGGUUUGUCCAACUUGAUCGGUGCUUCACGUGUGUUGGAAGCAUUAGCUAAGGACAAUAUUUUUGGUUUCCUACUCCGUCCAAUGGUGUCCCAUUCUGGUAACCCGGUGCUGGCUGUCAUAGCGUCGUGGUUGUUGGUGCAGAUCGGCAUCAUGGCGGGAUCACUCAACGCUAUAGCACAGGUGAAUUCGGUGUUAUUUAUGACAAGUUACUUCGCCAUAAACCUCGCUUGCCUCGGACUAGAUCUCGCUUCUGCACCUAACUUUAGGCCCACGUUUAAACACUUCUCGUGGCUGACGUCGCUGCUGGGGCUGGUGGGCUGCGCCAUGCUGAUCUUCGGGCUGCGGCCGGCGUACGCGUGCGGCGUGGCGCUGGCGUGCUGCUCGCUGGUCGUCGCGCUGCACCUGCUGUCGCCGGCCGCCAGCGAGCCCAAGUGGGGCAGCCUCAGCCAGGCGCUCAUCUUCCAUCAGGUCCGGAAAUACCUCCUCCUGCUGGACCCUCGGAGGGAGCACGUGAAGUUCUGGAGGCCGCAGAUGCUGCUGCUGAUAGGGUCCCCCAGGCAGGCUGCGCCGCUGAUCGACUUUGUUAAUGACCAGAAAAAGGGUGGUUUGUUCGUAAUCGGCCACGUGAGAGUGGGGCAGCUGGAUGGAAGCGGUGACCCCUUGGCGGACGAGCACAAAUAUUGGCUGAAGCUGAUCGACCAUCUUAAGGUGAAGGCGUUCGUAGAGCUGUGCCUGGCGGAGUCUAUACGCAAUGGAGCGGCGCACCUCACGCGCCUGUCCGGGCUGGGCGCGAUGAAGCCCGACACCGUGCUGCUCGGCUUCAGGGACUCCGCGCCGCCCAAGGACUUCUUUAGAGACCCUACCUCCCCCUACACCACGAGCGAGUUCGAGUUGGACACCGGCGCGGUGAUCUUCCCCGCGCGCACGCCCGCCUCCCCGCGCCUGUCCGCCUCGGAGUACGUGCGCAUCGUGUCCGACGUGCUCUGCGUCAACAAGAACGUGUGUCUCUGCAGACACUUCCACAGCCUGGACAUGGCGGCUGUCGAGAGGAAGGUGUCGUCACUGAAAUACAUCGACGUGUGGUUGGUGGAGUUGCUGGCACCAUCGCGGGAAGAAGCAUUCACUGUUCGUGCACUGUUCGCGCUGCAGCUUGCGGCCGUGGUGCGGUCCGCGCGCGGCUGGCAGCACCUGCGGCUGCGGGUGCACAUCGCCACAUCCGCGCCCGCUGUGCUUAGCGAAGCCGGUCGCAGCUACUCCCUGGGGUCGGACCCCGCGAUGGACCCCAAUCUGCCCGAGCUGGCCCCCGGGCGGCCGGUCAACGAGAGAUUGGAGGAGUUGCUCAAAUUGCUCAGGAUUAAUGCCACCACGCAUAAUAUAAGUGAAUGGCCAACGUUGGAAGACACGAGCCGUUGGUCGGACUCCAGCUUGGAUGACAACAGCGUGUACCAGCGACUGCCUGUCAGUUACGUGCAGAAGGUGAACGGUAUAAUAAAGUCCCGCUGCGAGCAAGGCACUGCGGUGACGUUCGUGCAGCUGCCCGCGCCCCCCCGCCUGCCCGCCGCGCCCUCGCCCGAAGACGACGCCAUCUGUGAACAAUAUCUGAAGGUCCUGGACGAAUUCACGAAGGAUCUGUCACCAACUAUUCUGGUCAGAGGUCUGAAAUCUGUCACUUCUACGGCUCUAUAACGACUAUAUUGUACGACAUUUUAUGAAUUUGUAAUUUUUUAAUAUAUUAUAAAGACUUUUGGAACAUUCUACGCGUAUAUAGUAGCUUGGGUGACUUUUUGUUCAACAAUUUGUUCAUUUUUACGUUCAUAUUAUUCGUAAAAUAAUUUUUAAUUUACGACAUGAACUAGUACGCUGACUAAGCUUUAUAGUCACCAAUCUUUGCCUGUUAGUGGACAAAAUUAAAAAUAAUCCUCAAUCACAUUUGUAUAAGCUCGUAAAAUCUCCGAUUUUUAACGCUUUAUCACUAGAAUUUACUUUAUUAUUAACGAGUACACUAGAAUUUACUUUAUUAUUUAUUAUAAACGAGUUUUUUCUUUUCUAAUAUAUUAUUAUUAUUACAUAGGUUUAAUAUUCAAAGUAUUAUUUGAUAUUUGUUUAAGUUAUUAUGGUCACAAUAUCGUGAAGUCGAUAUGACAUGAUAUCGAUUUUACGAUAUUAUUUUUUUUUUAUUUAUUGACGACUAUUUUGUAAAAAAAACCGUAUUUUUAAGCAACUAGUUUUUUAGCUGCCUUAGUUUUUGUGGAUUUCAUAGCAAAUAACUUAUACAGGACUUUUGGCAUUUCAUUUUUUAAACAAACUAUGUAAUAGAGAAAAAAAAUCAACUGAACUCUUUGGUUCAGUGGUUAGCCUAUCCUCCUCUCAAAUAAAAAGAGGGAGCCUAAAACUGUAGUGCCUCCAUUAAAUGCUUAUAUUUUUUUAGAUUUAACUCAUUGAAUAGAGAAUGAUACAUUACAAUCCGUGCAGUGAAGUCAGUGAAACCCAUAAAAAACAAACGUCACGCGUGCGUUAUACAGGGUGCUUGGGAAUAUUUCCCAUAACUCUAGUGUUAUAUUCUUUAAGGAUAAUUAAUUAAAUAUGUCCAAGGGACAUGUGUUCUAAAAUUAAUAUAUUCGAAGUAAAUAAUAUUUCUUUUGAAAAUAGAUCUUAAACUGUGUCCCAGAUACGCAUCCUUAUUGAAACUUAUUCAUUGAUAAAUAGCACGAUGUAGGUAAUUAGUGAAGUGCGGAGUGCCAUUUGCAACCAUGUCGUCGAUAUCGACAAAGUCUGAUACAGGCUACAUCCACACCACUAUCAGAAAGUUAUAUCAGGCCUGUCCUGAAGUAAUCAAGAAAAUCACUGCACUACAGAGGUCGACGCUCUCGUCAAAAAUGUAGUCUCAUCAUCAUCUUAACUUGUCUUUGAAUAAAAAAAUAUUUCUUUUCAUUUUACUUAAAGGCGUGUGUAUAUUUAUGGCUCAGACCAAUUAUUGUAUAGGACCUGCCUCGCUAGACGUUACUUUUCUGUCAAAGUAUAUGAUCAACGAUGUAAUGCGAUUCUAAAAACUGUCUCUAUAGAAUCAAUGUUAAAUAGUUGUAAUCGUGUUCGUCGGUUAAAGAGCUCCGUAAAAAUGCCUUUUUGUGUAAUUGAAUUGUGUAAAAAACGGACAAAAACUUCUAGUUUAGUUUAUGAUAUAUACCAAAUCUAAGCUCGUUUUCCUCAGAAAAUGACAGACAAUUUUGUUCGUGACUAUGAGUGCGAUACAGGUCUUUCUAUAAUUGGUCUGAGAGGUAUGGUCUAUUAUUUGAAUUACUUUGUAUGAAAACAUAAAAAGUUUUUUUUUAGUUAAAAGAAAAAUAGUUAUGCAGUUCGACUCCAAUUAAUGAACUCGUCAACACCUUGAAGUUAUGGAAAAUACUACCGAGCAUACUGUAUAUGAGAUAAUUUUCUAAAGUUUAUCUCAUAUGAAUAAAAAGGUGCAUUAUCUAUAGUUAAAACGGUUUUAGCUAAUAAUUUUCUUAUUAAGUUAUUAAUAGAUAUAGCUAGCUAGAUGAAUGCUGACUUUUAAGAUAUUAAAUUUAGAUAAAUAUUUUUCGUGAUCUGCUUAAACAGACCUUUGUUGAAUAUAUAUUAGCUAUAUUUCGAUAAAAUUUGUUUAAAAUAUCAUAAUUUAAAAAAAGUCUUUGAUCUACUUUGACAAUUUUUGUAUGAUUUAUAGAUUGAUUGACUCGCUAGUAUUUUCGGAGUUUCGAUUUUAGUGAGAUAACUAACAGAGUUAGCAUUAUUAUUGAUUAAUUUUAGUGUAUAUACAUAAGUAGGGACAUUUGUAUAUUUAUAUUGCACGCAAAGUAUGCACCAAAUACUAUUAAAUAAUUGUCACCACUAAAAUGUGUUACUCACUAAAUAUAAUUCACUAUUUUUAACUAAAAUUGGCAUUUACAGUAAUAAUUAAUUUAUUAAAUUCAUUGAUUGGUUCCUAAUUUACUUUCAUUUGUUUGUUCUUAAAAACUUGUGUUGUUAUUAAAAAAAAAAGUUAAUUAUAUUUAUUUAUUGUUAUUAAAAACUAUUAUGUUUAUUAAAAUUUCUCAUUAAAAUUAUAACAUAAAUAAAUUAAAUAUGGUUUACGAGUUCUAUGAUUUUAGUGAAAUUAAUCAAUCUGAUGUCUGAUAGUUAAUUAUUAAAUAAACUAAAUUAUUGAACUAGAAGAAGUAUGACGUCACUAAAAUUUAAUAAUUGAUUUAAAUUAUUCAUAUGACAAAGAUGAUUUUUUUCGGCCCAUCACGUUAUAGAAAAACCAAAAAGAACUAGAAAACAACUGUUAAAAAUGUUUGAAAAUGUGUGUUUCUUUUUGUUGAAAUUCUGCAUUUUGUUAUGUAGGUAUCUGCAUCUGUCAAUGAAACUGAAAUUAAACCAAUCUAAAAGUGAUUCAAUUAAUGACUAUUUAUUCUUCUUUUUUUAUUAAUUCUUUACAAGUUUACACUAAAUUGUACCAAUAUCAAACAAAGUGUUGAAAACGUUCAACAAUGUAUGGAAAACAUUUGGUUUUAUUUUGACUACUAUUCAAUAAUAUUCAUUUGAAUGGAAACUAUACUACAGCCUUUCUUGAUGAGUACUGUUUACCAACAAAUAAAUUAAAAAUGAAGGUAGAAAACGCAUGUCAUUUCAUAACUUAUUUAAUUAUGUAUGGUUUGUUUAUAUGAAAUAUCUAAUUGUUCUAAGCUUAUUAAUUAAAUUUAUUUUUAUUCAUUUAAGAACAAGUGAAUUAUAAUUAUUAUUAGGUGUGAAAUGACUAGUAAUUUAUACCCUCAAUUUUAAUUUGUUUGUUAGUAAACAGUACUCAUCAAGAAAGACUGUAGUAUAGGUACGAAUAUUUAUAAAAAAAUAUAGUUUUAAAUGACAACGGGAUCAAUUAUUUGUAUUCAGAAGAUAUUUUAACUCAUUUGUGAUAUGACAAUACAGUGUGUUAUAUUUUUGUAA